AUGCAUCUGUGGCAGGCCACCGUUCCCUUCUGUCUAUUGGCAGCAGCAGCUUUACCCGGCGCUACCGCUACCGCUUGGGGCUUUACUGAUGCCACCGUGGCCGUUCAACCUAAAGGUGCUGGUGUCAAUGGAGGUUUCAAGGAACAGCUCGCUUCCUCCAAGCCGCUCGCUAACCCUGUCUCUCUUGCCGGCGCCGACACCUUACGCGUCACCUUGACAACCCAAGAAGGAAGCUCUCCAAAGCGCCCACACCAGGCUUUCCUGCUAUUGAAGGAUGGUGAGACCGGAUUGGAUAUCUCAUAUCCAUUCAAUGUCAAGGAGAACGGCAAGUCGCGGGUAGAAUUGACCCAGAAAGAUCUUCCUAUCCAAUUCCUCUCUCUGUCCAGCCCGGUUGAUGCACACGUUGUCAUCGGUGGUUUCGGCGACUCCGAUGCCUACGAUAGCUCUGUUUUCAAGUUGUCUCUCGACCGCAACCCCGAGGAGGCCGUGCCGACCGUCGAAACCGAGCGCUAUGGCAAGAAGCCCGAGAUCCACCACAUCUUCAAGGACUCUGCUUCCAGCCCACCAAUCGUGAUCACUUUGGCCUUUGUAGCCAUGGUCGUCGCUGCUGUUCCAGUUCUCGCUGGCAUGUGGCUCUUCCUCGGCGCCAACGUCAACCACUUGCCCACUGCAUUCAAAGCUGCUCCCCUCCCCCACGCCGUUUUCCUCGGGUCAUUGAUUGCCUUUGAGGGAAUCUUCUUCCUUUACUAUACGUCUUGGAACUUGUUCCAGAUCCUUCCCGCCAUGGCUGUUGCCGGCGUGGUCGCAUUCGUUAGCGGUAGCCGUGCAUUGGGUGAGGUGCAAGGUCGACGCCUCGCUGGUCUUCGUUAA